GUGACGUGUUUACUGACGGGGACAUGCGAGUUGUCACACCGGUGCUCGAUCUGCUUGCGAGGGCGACUAUUUGGGGGGAUAAACUGCGCCUCGCUCUUGAGCCGCUCUGGCCGUUUUUUCCGUUAUCACUCGUUAACAAGCGAACCUUCCUGCCUCUCAGUCCACAUCUGUCCGGACCGGGAUUGCGCUCUCCACCGUUACUUUGACCUGCAAGAUUGUGAAUACACAAGUCGUCUGGAAGUUUUUUGACACAUUUUCCAAGAUAAAAAGUGAGAUUUUUCCAAAAGAUGUUGGAUCGUUGUAACCAAACUGUUCUAUCAUUGCUCUUUGGAUGCCUGGCUUAUCUUGCUGUGGUCUCUGUUGUAAAUGCAGAUGGUCGAGUGUUCGUGUUGGACCUGAGGAACUCCUCCGGCCUGCAGGGCUUCAGAGAUGCUGAGGGGGCUUGCGCCUCACAACACGCCCGCUUGGCAUCAGUGGAGGAGCUCCAUCAUGCAGUGGUGGAGUGCUUCUUCUCUCCGUGCACUCGUGGGUGGCUCUACGGAGGCACAGUGGGGACCACGGUGUGUAAUGUUGUGGGCAGUGCACUUAAAGCAGUGGAUGUGAGAACAGAAAAUGCUACAGAGGAUGCUGCACACCUGGACGCCUUCUGUAUCAAAGACAAAGGUGUGCCAUGUGGUGACCCUCCAUCCUUUCCAAAUGCCCGUCUACAGGGGCACACUGGGUAUGAGAUGGGAGAUGAGCUGAUGUACACAUGUGUGCCAGGUUAUGUAAUGCCCAGUGGACACACUGCCUUUAGUCUUCUGUGCGACAGCUGCGGAGAGUGGUAUGGACUAGUGGAAAUAUGUGUCAAAGAUGAGACUGAAAGUCACGUAGACUACGAGGACAAAUUCACAGAUUCCUAUGGAGAGACAGAAAGCCACAACGAGAGACCAGAGGAGGCUCAUGGUGAGGUAUAUGAGGAAGUGCAUGGAGCUGCAUCCCCGGAGGGUGAUAGGAUACAGGAGCAGCAAGAGAAGAACUUUAGUGUUGAAGUAGAGGAGGAGCAUCAGGACCAACAUGGAGAGCAUGAAGUGGAAGGAGAGGUGAUUGUGAGAAAAUUUAAAGGAGCUGUAGAAGGAGGAGAAAAAGACAAAGAUCGGGUUGUUGAGGGCUUCACAGGCCAUCCAAGGUGGGAGCAGGAGAGGAGGGAGGUGGUCGGGACUGAUGCAGCUGCAGCCACAGAAGCACCUGUAUCUCUUCUCUCCCAGAAGCACCUUUUCUGGUUCCCCUCGGAGGCCUUCCAGGAGGAAGGACAUCCUGUCUCCAGUAAUCCAGUCACACAGACACAUAGAGCCUCAGGCGCCCAAUCAGAGGAGAGUAAAGAGCAUGACAGCCAAGAAACGCACCACCACCAGCAGCAUCCAGUUGAUGUUGACAACCAGGAUCACGAGGGAGACAGCUACAAUGAUCGUGACACAGAAGACAGAGACGAUCACGAUGACAACAACCAUGAAGACCUGGAUUCCCAUGACGAAAGCCACCAUGAGGACCAAGAGGACCACGACAGCCACCAAGACAAAGAUGGCCGUGAUGAUCAUGUAAAGCAUUACAUUCCAUCUCAGCAUGAUGAUCUGGAAAGACGGGACCGCCACCAGAAUCAUGACGAUCAUGAUGACCAUUAUGACAUGGGUGAACAAGAAGAGGACCGUGAUCGUGUUCGCUAUGGCAGCCAGGAGUAUGACGAUACUUACGACAAACACAAAAGCUAUGAAAAACAUGAUGAUGUGACCGACGAUCACGGACAUCCUGAUGGCUCUGAGGAACAUCCAGACCCCGAUGACCAUGAUGACCAUGAGGAGCAUUUUGACCCGGAGGAGGAUGAUUACGACCGUUACACUGAUCGUGAUCAUGAACAUGAUGACCACGACAGCUAUGAUGAUCAUGAUAGCCAUGAAGAUGACAGUCAUCAGCAUGUAAUAUUUUCUAUAGCAACUGAUAAAUAUCAAAACGUCACUCAGACGGUUGCAGAAGGAGAGGCUGCCACAGACGACACCUGGCUGGAUGGCUACCCUGUUGUUCCAGGGGAAACAGAAAAUGGUGAGUCCACAACAGAAAGGGCAAGACUAAAGGAUACAGUGAGGAGGACAGUUGUUGGGACAACAGACAGACCCAAUGAGGUGGAAAUUCGUAGACCUGUCCCUUCCACCAGCUUACCAAAGGUGCCCAAGUUUCCCACCACAGAGCCUGCCUUAAAUAGAGGAGGAGUGGAGGAGAUGUGGCCUGGCUUCAUCCCCACCACUGCUCCCUCACAGCCCUCAGACUCCCCCUCAUACUCUGACACCCUGGACUAUGACACACAACAGGCAGCUCCCACCCACCCCUGGCAGGAUGACCUCACUAAGCACCCCUUCCUCAAUCAGGGCCCAGUUCCACCCAAGCACGACGGCAAUAACGGAGUGAUGGAGGAGCACACUGUACACAACAUGCCCGGUGAGACAGGCAAAAGGGGCGAGAGGGGCGAGGCGAUCUGUACAGGCGAGAACUGCCCACCCCGCCCUCCGAACUCCUCCAGCCGAGGUCCCAUGGUGGCAGCCAUAAUUGUGGCGGUUUGUGCAGUUGUUGCGGCGGUCAUUGUAGGCGUGUGGUACUACCGACGGCAACAACAAAAGAGCUCAGUGUACGAGAUGAAUGGAAAGGGCCAUAGCCAGACCAGACAGGGCCAACACAUAGAGAUGCAGCAAAAAGUGUAAGAGCGACGGAUGAGGAAAGAGGGACACUAACAAAGGGCAGAGACAUUUGGGAGGGAUAGGAGGACUUAAAUGAAUUUGAGAGGAACGUACAGCCCCUCAUCUUGCUAGAAACUACUGCAUUAUUGAAUAUUUUGGAUAGGUAAGAACAGAUGAGUUGCGCUACAUCCCUAUUUUGAAGAGCAAAACCUCACCAAUGUGAUGCAGAAAAUUGCAUAAAACAGUAAGAACUGAUGCUUAACACAGUGAAAUCUGAGUGAAACUAGAUGGUAGAUCGAUUAUAUUGAAUUUUACCCAUCUAUGUUAUACCUACCCAAUAUUUUCAAAGCUCUGACAGUCCUGACAAGGGCUGUGUCUGGACUGGACUAAACUCCAGGAACUAAAAAAGGAGAAUAUAAGGAAAUAACCAUGUAGGAAAACCACAAGAAGGCAUGCCUGCCCGCCUGAAUAUACAAACUGAGACUCCAAAUCUCUUGGACAUUGUGGUAAAGUUUCUCUGUUGCCUUUUUGUUGACGUCAUUGCCUGCUUUAUUGUUGAUUCAGCUGCCUUGUUCUCGAUUCCCCAUCUUUUUCUGUUUCUAUGAUUAUGGUGUUGAUAAAAACGGUAUUCCACUUGUUACCCCACGGCAAGAGUGCUGCAGUUCAGAACACUUUAGAUCAUAGCAGCAGAUUUGGGCAGGUAGUCCCAAAUUAAUGAUAAGGCCUCUGCCAAACCAGCAAGAAUAGAAAAAAGAAUGAUAAUGAUGAUGAUGAUGAUGGCUAGAUCAGAUGAAAGGGUUGAAUGGGCUGUAUGGGGGAAAAGUACAGUGUGAGAAAGAAGGAUGUCGAGUGAAACAUUUUAAGAUCUUCCUGCCUUUGUUGGUUUUGGCAGUCGGCUGGUAAGAGAUAAAGAGUGGGUGUCCAUCCAGAUUGUCAGUGUGUGUGUGUGUGUGUGUGUGUGUGUGUGUGUGUGUGUGUGUGUGUGUGUGUGUGUGUCAGAUCCAUGCUUUAGCACUGUCUUUGCUGAUGGCAUUCAGGCAUUCAGAGAUCAAAAAGUGUGGCAACAGAGACAAACUAAAGUUGCAACCCCCAAUGUUUUUAGUUUUAACUUAAAGUUCCCAUGACAUGGUGCUCUUUGGAUGCUUUUAUAUAGACCUUAGUGGUCCCCUAAUACCAUAUCUGGAGUCUCUUUUAUAUAGACCUUAGUGGUCCCCUAAUAACCUAUCUGAAGUCUCUUUCCCAAAAUUCAGCCUUGGUGCAGAAUUACAGCCACUAGAACCAGUCCCACAAUGAGCUUUCCUUAGGAUGUGCCAUU